UAGCAAGUAUCGGACUAUCAUCGUUCGGUGCCGAAGUAAUGUACGUGUUAAAACUUAAAUACCUAAUAUUAUUAUUAUGGAAAUGAAUUAUUUAUAAUAUUGUAUUGUGUGAAAUAGUGUCGUACAUUGGUGUUAAAUGUUGUACAUUUGGUCUUCCACCGAGUUGUUACACCUUAUUCACGUUAUCUGUCCCCUGUCCCAGGUUAGAUGAAUUUUUUUUCUCGCCGGACGAUUAGAUUAUAAAUUCGCGAGCGGUUGUGUUAUUCAGCUGCGUGAAAAAUUGACGACGAGUUGCGGAUUUUCGUGGUAAAUAUCAUGCCUUAACACGAAGUUAUGUUUACUCUACGGUUUUUUUAAUUACACACGCAAACACAGUACAUUGUAAUGUAUUUCCGCCGAUGAUACUUAAUUUAUUACGUAUUAUUAUCAAGUACAUAAUAUACAUAAGCUUUUUUUCUGCGACGAAUCGCGCUCGUGUGUGUGUGUGGACCGAUGUGCAGAAAUAUGACCACAUUAAUGGCUCAGGAGAGGAAUAUAAUUCAAACUCGAGCCGUCCAAAAGGAGACAAUCCAUUCUGGACACUUCAUGGUAUCGCAUUUCGAAGCCGAUGCCCAAGAUGACGAAUACGAAGUCGCCGUACCUGUACCAGAAGUAUCCUCGAAGAAGCUCGAGAUUAUACCUCGUCGCCAGAGAAUCAACUCAGCUCCUAAAAUAAUGAGCGUCUCGAUUGAAACCUCGCUAACGCAGCUAUUCCAGUGUAUGUCCAUUGCGUACAGACAAAAGUUAACAUCUCCAAAAUGGAAUCGAUUCAAAGGCGUUCGAUUAAAGUGGAAAGAGAAGAUACGCUUGAACAAUGUGAUAUGGAGAUGCUGGCAUAUGCAAUUUGUAAUGAAGCAGAACAUUGGCGUAUGUCAGUUCGCGUCGCCGUUAGAUGUAGAUAUUCAUAGCAAACCAGAGGCCGUAGUCUUAGAAGGAAAGUACUGGAAAAGGAAACUAAGCGCUGUUACCGCCGAAUAUAAAAGAUGGAGAAUGUCCUAUCAAAAAUCGCCAUUGAGUCCGACCACGGAACAAGAUAUGCUGACCGAAACGUUAGACUGGAGUUCGACCAGUAUCAUCCAUGAUAGUGCGAUGAUGGUAGACGAAGACUACAUGGAUUUCAUGAGCGAUACACUUUUUACUACGAUCGCCGCAAAUCAACCUUUCGCUUUUCCAGAUACGAGGGAAAUAGCUCGAGGUGCCAGUUUAGCUGAUUUCAUCCAGCCGAGUUUAGUUCAACUUCAGCCGAAUUUAGAUGAUUAUAUGGAUAUGUUGGAGCCACUACAUGAUUUACUGUCACCGUCGACGAAGUUGCCAUCAGUACCAGAGGAAUACCAUCCAUCGGACGAUCUGUAUCGUUCGUUGAAUGUGAACUACGACGACGUAUCUCAGUCGUCGUUUUACCAGCAGGCGACCAACGCUACGAUGAAUUCGUCGUCUACGGGCAUGACCACCGCAACGUCCAAUAACGCAGAUCAAAAAUUCUACCUAAAAUCCGACCCCGAUCAACCGCUUCAGUUAAGCAUACAGCACGAUGUCAAUUCCAAGGUCGGAUAUCGUAACAACGCCAUGUACCAUGAACCGAAUGUGAAUAAUUCUGUAUAUAAUCAAAACAAUAACAACGCCAAUUAUAUUCCAUAUUCGUCGCAAAAUUAUCACCAGUCUGCUCAGCAUCAGACUCAUCAAGAUAGUAUUGUAAAUUAUUCUCAUCAGUCCUCCAUCAAAAAUGCUUCGUCUUCGGUUCCCAUCAAUUAUAAUAGUAAUUCCAUGAUGUCUAAUCAUCAUUACGGAUCGUAUGAAUCAGCGAGUUCAUAUAACGCGUCAACGGGCAAUGUACAAGCGGCAUAUUCGCCUUCCACCAGCAGCAAUUACAAAAUUCUCUCUACUUCGAGAUCCUCCAGAUCUAGCAGUUUACCAAUGAACUCCGAAGAAGAGAUGUUUGCUGUACCUAAGCUUUCGCAAAGAGGUCGAUCUCGUAGUGGUUCUAGCUUAUUUAAUAUUCAAAACCGAUAUUUACCAAGCGAACAGUCGAGUUCAGACGCAGUUACCAGCAGUACCUUACUUACCCAACUACUCACCACUAAUAGACAUUAUGGUUACCAUGGAAGUUAUCAGCUGGCAAAUUGCUCGACUUCUGGUAGUAAUAAUUAUGGUAUGAUGGUAUGCGAUUCUCGGACAUGUUGUACGAUACACGAUAGUCACCGUCAAGUGCCCCAUUGUACGGCAUUAUUGGGCCGAAGGUCGAGAACCCCGGAUCAUGUUUUGUCGUCGAAUUCAAAUCCGGUCGGAUAUUGUAAACCUAGAACACCUUUAGUAUCUAGUCAAAGUUACGGCGAAGGAUCGUUGAUUAACUUAUCGAAUAAUCAAAGAGAAGAUGCUGCCAGCGAGAGGGAUUAUUAUCCGGGCGAUUCGGCCAACAGCGCCGCUAAUUCUUCGGGAGCUUUGGCUCUGAGCUGUUCCAGACGUCAUUCUCAAUGUGUGACGAAAACGCCUUAUGACAAGUACUCGGCUACCUCGCCUACGUACCCAGGUCCAAAUCGUACCACCGCCACUAUUGGUAGUUAUCAUUCGAUGAAUAUGCCUUCGUCUCCGUCACCUAAUUCGCCUUUCGUUUUCAACGCCACGCAGCAAAGUAACAGCGGUGUCGAUAUGUCACCGUCGCCGUCGUCGUCUUCGAAUAUGAUGCAAAUGGUGAAUAAUACCAGCACGUCGAGCAGUCCUAAGCUUCCAAGUUCACCUUCUACCAGUGAAAGUUUAAGUUUAUCACCGUUAACGGUCAGUAGUCCUAUACGUACAACGCCUUCAUCACCAACCACCAAGUCUUCCUCGUCUACCCCCUAUAAGGAACAUCGUCGAGUUUGUCAUAUCAACGCUGAGCAAAAACGAAGAUGUAAUAUUAAAAAUGGAUUCGAUACUUUGCACAUGCUUAUACCUCAUUUGAUACAGAAUCCCAAUACAAAGAUGAGUAAAGCAGCGAUGUUACAAAAAGGUGCUGAAUACAUUAGGCAGCUUAGAGGAGAACGUGGUCAGCUCAAAGAAGAAAUUGAAUCGUUGAAGCAACAAGUUGAAUCGUUAAAUUCGGCUAUUAGUAAUUGUCAGUCAUUGUUACCAGCAACUGGUGCCCCGAUAUCAAGACAUAAAGCGAAUAAAAUGAAAGAAAUGUUCGACGAGUAUGUGAAAGAACGUACUAAACAGAAUUGGAAGUUUUGGAUUCUAAGCUUAAUAUGCGAACCUUUACUGGCUUCGUUCAAUUCUACCGUAUCGACAGCCAGUGUCGAAGAACUUUUCCGCACCACAAUCCAGUGGGCUGAACAAUAUUGUUCACUCGUUGAUCUCAGACCAAUUGUAUUAAACGCUUUACGUCAUUUAUGCACGUCGACGGAAAUUUUAACAAAUCCGAAUCAGUUAUCAGAGGAAGCGAAAAAUGUAGUUUUCAACACGUCUAGACCUUCGACAAAAAGUUAAGAAAGAAAAAUACCCGCAUGUUACCAAAUUUUGAAACUUUCCGCAUUUGAAUUGAAAAUGGAAAAAAUCACGUCGUUUUACAAUAAGGUUAGAAUUUUUAAUGUUUAAUUUGUUUUCUUUCUUUUUUUUUUUAUUUAUUGAUCUUUUUGUGACUUUUUUAUAUAAAUUGAAUUUACAGCUAUGCAAAUUGUGAUACAUAUUUUUUUACUUGUUGAUUCAUGGUUAAAACUUUAGUUUGUUUAAUUUUGUUACGAAAUAUAUAAUGAGAAUGAAAA